CUAUAUGAGGCUCUUUUCUGCCCUCUUCCUCUCGGUUUUCCCCUUCUCCUUCUUCCGUAGCAUCGUCUUCAUGUUGAUGUGCAGGUAAACAAGUAAUCAGGCGAUUGAAGAAAUGAAAGAGGGAGGAAGGAAGCAGGGUGCAGCGUCACCGUGUGCAGCAUGCAAACUGCUUCGAAGAAGAUGUGCCAACGACUGUGUCUUCGCUCCUUAUUUCCCUGCCGAUGAGCCCCACAAGUUCGCUAAUGUUCACAAAGUCUUCGGUGCCAGUAAUGUCAACAAGAUGCUUCAGGAGCUACCAGUGCAUCAAAGAGGGGAUGCAGUGAGCAGUAUGGUGUAUGAGGCGAACGCAAGAGUGAGAGAUCCAGUGUAUGGGUGUGUUGGGGCCAUCUCUUCUCUUCAGAGACAGAUUGAUUUGCUUCAGACCCAAUUGGCCUUGGCCCAGGCAGAGGUGGUCCAUCUUAGGGUUAGCCAAUCUGCUUCACUUUCCAACCAGGGGCUCAGCCCAACUGGUAGUGACUCUCCGCCACCUUCCAAGCAUUUUGUUGACAUGGAAUUAUUGAUGGACCAUUCCACUUAUUCUGAUUCAAUGUGGCACUGCUAGUUUUUUCUUCAUCAAAGAAGUUGAUUCCCCUCACUUUCAGGAAUAGAAGAGACACAAUAUGCAUGAUGUGUUUGACCUCACAUAUUGUGUUUUUCUCUUUUACUGAAAGUGAAACCAUCAAUUUCUUCACAAAGUUUAAAUGAUUUAAAUCAAAUCUUUGCUAGUAUUUUAGUGGUGGGGAUUACAACAAAUAGCCGUGGCGGAGGUGUUCGCCCGCUCAAUUAAAUUGAUUUGGAAGAGCGGAAAAGGGUUUGUGGUUAGUUUAUGAUUAAUAUAUAUAUAUAUAUAGUGUAAAUAUAUAUGACUUAGACUUGAUAUGAAGUUUAGAAGCAUAUCUUGCAGUGGGAUUGUGGACUUUUUAUGGUAAUUUUAGUGUUGUUUAUCAAGUGAUGUUAUCAUCUGCAUUCUUGAAGCAGCAAGCAUUUACCUUGUGUUCCCCCCCCCCCCCCCAAAAGAGAUUGGCGUGCCUUUGUUCCCUGUCUAUAUUCUUGUUAAUUCAAGGCAAAGAAAAUGCCAUUUUGAGGUCCAUGA